AAUCAAAGACCAAAAUUACAGAUAUUUAAUUUAUUAAUAUUAUCGAAAAUAAAAUAGAAUAAAAUAAAACAAAGCAGAAGAAAAAUGGCAAGUAUGGCAGUCAUGAUCACCACCACCUCCCUCUCCAGACUCCGAGCUAUUAGGGCUUUUCAGGCGAGCUGCAGGCGUUACUACGGCGCGAUGCCCACGUCGUGCGAUGAGGCGGCCAAGCAAGGCCGUGAUGCUGCCAUCAAGGGUGUCGAUGCCGCCAAGAAAGGCGGCCACCAACUCAAAAAUGAAGCUGCUGCUACUGCACAUAAUGCAGCUGAGAAGACAAAGGGGAUGGCGGAAGAGGCGGCGGGGAGAGUGAAGCAGAGUGCAGAGGCAGCGUGGGGGUCCGUUAAGGAGAACACCAGAAAGAUGAGUGAGACGAUGGCGGGGAAAGCCGACGCCACUAAACACACUCUCAAAGAAGAGGCUGCCAAACUUGAGCGCAACUUCAAGAAUUGAUCAUCAAUUAAUUCAUCAUUUUUAUUCUUUUUCUUUUUCCUCAUCUCAAUUGGAUUAUUUUUCAAUAAUUCUAUAUAUAUAUAUAUAUAUAUAUAUUCUUGAUUUGACAGCAGUACAGUACAAGGAUGUUAGUUAGGACAUUUCUUUUUUAAUUUUAUAGUUGGAUGUUGUACAAUUUUUGCAUGUAGAAUAAGUACAACUACAUAAAAAUGUUUUCCUUGUUU